ACACGCCUACUUACCGAGUCACUUUAUUUCACAUGGCGGCCACAAUUGGGGGAACAAUCUUGGCCGAGCGAUCAUCGUCGUCAUAUCUAUGCUUCUCCAAACGGCUCUUUUCAUACUCUUCUUCCAUAGCCAAAGCACUUUCAUUUUAUGGCUUUGUUCGAUCAAUCGGAUCCACGAGCUUGGUCUCUCACUCCAUCCGGUUCGCCGCUCCAACGGCAAUUAGGUUUAACCAGAUACGAUGCUUCAGCAAAUGGCCUCCCAUGGAUUUUCAUUCGCUAAUUCUGUGCUGGGAUCAGGAACACUGGCACAUUAUCAUGAAGAAGCCUGGUGACGAAGACGUCACCAAGCAGGAGAUGAUCGAUUGUUACAUCCAAACACUUGCUAAGGUUCUCGGAAGCGAAGAGGAAGCAAAAAAGAAGAUGAGGAAUAAUUUUGGGUUUGGGUUUGGAUGCGAGGUUAAUAAAGAGACGGCGAAAAAGCUUGAAGGUGUGUGAGCUGUGUAGCCUGUGUUGGUUUCUUAGUUGUAAUUAUUUAUGUGAGAUGAUUGAUUUAAUUUUAAUGGUCGGUAACAUUUUCCUAAUUUUAUAGUUUGCCCGGUGUUCUGUUUGUCAUAGCUGAUUCUUAUGUUGAUGUAGAGUAUAAGGAUUAUGGUGAUAAGUCUCCUGAAAAUCUAUCUAUAUGGUAUCUAAAAUUUCCAUUAAGAUUUCCAGUUAAGAGUGCAAUUAUCAUGUACAUGCCAACUAUCUUAGAUUAUGUUUCCAUUCGUUGUUGAUA